AUGAGCCUCGAAGAAAAUGAGAUCAUUAGUCAAGUAAUCACCGCCCACCCAAACGUCUCAGCCGUGGCUUACCUGGGAGCCAAGCGGGGAGUUUCCGGUGAAUACAUCUGGGCAGACGCGACCGACCUGAACCUCGCCUACUGGACGUCGUAUAAUAAGCCAGCAGGGAAUGCCGACUACUUCAACUGUCUUGGGAUCAACGCCGAAAAGUAUACUCUGGGCCCCGGCGGUUGGCACCGUUGGGCGCCCAUCGUUGCCGCCACG